AUUUAAUUAUGUAAGCUCAACCUAAAGGAUUCUCAUAUGCAUUCAAACAAUAAAUAAUGAAAGCAUGGCAACCUGUACCUACUUUGAAUUCAACUAUAAUACUAUUUGCUUCUAUGAGUUUAUUUUUUCUAAUAAUGGGAAUAGUGUUGAUAAGUUACUCAAAUGAUAUUGCGACCCAAGAAUUUUAAUAUGACUCAUAUUGUUUGGCUUAAGAUACUGAUUGCGUAAUUUAAAUAGCUCUUGAUGGAAAUUAUAAAUCUCCAGUAUUCUUUUAUUACUAAUUGACAAACUUUUAUUAAAAUCACAGGAGAUAUGUUAAAUCUAAAUCUCCUUUCUAAUUAUCGGGAACAGAUUUAAGUGAAGGCGAAUUGGAUGAAUGUGAUCCAGUUGUAACUAAUGAAGAUAUGGGAAAAACUAUGAGCGUUACAAAUAAACCUUUACUUACAGAUGAUAAAGCGAUACCAUGUGGAUUAAUUGCUAAAAGUUAUUUCAAUGAUACAUUCAAGUUAUUUUAAGUAGUUAACGAAACAAAAAAAGAAAUCACAAUAUCAAGUAAAGGAAUAGCUUGGCCAAGUGAUUUAGAUGGUAGAUAUAAAAACAUCGAUUUGAAUAGAUAAUGGAUAGAUAUGGAAGAUGGUAUAGUAAAUGAUUAUUAUUAAAAGAAAGAUUUAUGGUUUGGAUGAGAACUGCAGCUUUACCAUAGUUUAGAAAAUUAUGGGGAAAAAUAGAUUAAGAUUUAGAAGCUGGAAUUUAUGAAGUUCAAAUUACAAAUAGUAAUUAUAUAAAUUAAUAUACCUUUAGCUUACAAUGUUUCAUCUUUUAAUGGAAAAAAGUUUAUAGUAUUUUCAACAACCAAUGCUUUUGGAGGAAAAAAUGAAUUUUUGUCAAUUGCAUAUAUAUGUGUAGGAGUGGUUUGUUGUGUAGUUACUUUAGGAUUUCUAAUAAGGAAAUUUUUAUCAAAGGCUGACUAAAAAAAAAAUAGAUGAAUAAUAAAAUAUAAAUAAAUUU